ACGCAACAGUCCGGCAAGGCUAGGCCAAUACGAAAAUGGCGAACACGAGCAAACCUACGAUGAACGACGACUGAAAAAAAAUUAAUAUUUUAAAUUCCGUUUUGCCAGCGAAAUUCCAACGCGUUUGUUGCUCAAAAAAAGCAAAAAAUAUAAAAAUAAAGCGUGCGCUUACCAACAAACAGUGCCAAACUAAAUAAUGAAGCGAGCAAAGUGCAAUUGUUUAAGCAUUGAUCUAAUGGGCAGCAACCAAAUAGAAUAAAUUAAGUAUUUGCAAAUUACGAAAAAGCAGCUGAAAAACCAAUUGAGUCGUUUGUGUGUGACUACAAAUUGCAAUUGUGUGCGUGCGCGUUUGGAAGUGCGAAAGAGCGAGCACGAGCAAAAAGUACAAAAAAAAAAGAAAAAAUAAAGCUAGCGGGACGGCAAAUAAACGAAAGGAAAUAAAAAUAAAAUGAAAACAUACAAUUAACAAUAUAAAAACUUGGCGGUAAACUUUACACGCGUCUAUACAUGCAAACAUAUGUAUGUGCAUGCGUGUGUGUGUGUUGUUUGUGCGUAAAUGUGCAUAAAAAUAACCAAUAAACUGCGCAACAACAACAACAAAGAGAACAUAACGUAACAUACGUAACGUAAGCAGCUAAGGCGGCAAAGUACCACAACAACAAAACCAACAGCAACAACAACAACAACGCAUUGCGUGCAACGUCCAAUUGCCAUAAAAACUAUGCAAAAAGCCAACAAAUUAAGUGACAGCGCUGCAACGGCAAAUUGCGAAGCGCUCAACUCAAACAUAUAAAUAGCAUUAAAAAGUCACGACAAGCGCAGGACGUUAACGUUAACGUCAGCGCCAACGCCAGCGUCGUCGUCGUCGUCGUCGGCACUAAGAACUUGGCGCUGUGCGUGCUGAGCACUCGCAGCAAAGGAAAGUGAAACAAGCAACAACAACAACGAUAAAUAACAUAAAGCACAGUUUUAAAUUGAUACUGCGCUUAAAUAGUGUCUGUGUUUGACUGCGUGUGUGUGUGUGGGAGAGUAAGCGCGAGUUAAAUACUCUCUCAGCAACAAAAUGGCUGCCGUGCGGGGUCAUCAGUACUUUAGUUUACGUUGGAAUAAUUAUCAAAAUACGAUGACGUCAGUGUUUCAACAGCUGCGCGAGGAUCUAUCCUUUGUCGAUGUUACCUUGUCCUGUGAGCAUGGCUCGCUCAAGGCUCACAAGGUUGUGCUCUCCGCCUGCUCCACAUAUUUUCAAAAGCUCUUGCUGGAGAAUCCUUGCAAGCAUCCAACCAUCAUCUUGCCCGCCGAUAUCAUAUUCACAGACCUCAAAACAAUUAUCGAUUUUGUUUAUCGCGGUGAAAUCGAUGUAACCGAAUCAGAUCUACAGGGUCUGUUACGCACCGCUGAACAAUUGAAGAUCAAAGGUCUCUGUGAACCGGCUGAGAACGCGGAUGAUUUGAAUGACGCUGCAUCGGCGACAAUAACAGUAUCGGAGAAUAUACAACAGGCGGUUGUUGGCAAUAUAGUGAAUGCAAGUUUAGUCUCUGGCGCGCCCUCGCCCACACUUGAGCAACAGCAGCAGCAGCAGCAGCAACAGCAGCAGGCUCAAGCGCAAGCGCAAGCUCAGCAGCAACAUCAGGAGCAUCAGGUACAACAGCAACAAUUGGUGAAUAGCUCGUUGUUGGGGCAACAUAGUUUGGCCACCAGCAGUGGCAUACAGUUGGUUAAUGCCGCUGGGCAACCGCUGCUGAGCACAACAAGCAGCAGCAGCAGCAAUCUGCAACAGUUGCAACAUCAACAGCAGCAGCAACAAUUGCAGCCCACACCGCGUAAAUCGCGCUUACGCAAGCGUUCCAAGUCACCUGAUUUGCUUACCAGCAGUCAGCAACCACAGCCAGCGCAUCAUCAGCAACAGCAACAGCAACAGCAACAGCAGCAGCAGCAACAGCAACAUCAUCAUCCGCAAACGAUACUCAUACAGGGACAAAAUCAAGCCUCAAUUGUUAGUCUACAGCAAACGGCUGACGGCAAUUAUAUACCCGUAACUACUGGCGACGAUUCCGAUAGCGAUAACAAGCCACAAAAGAUCUGCAAAACAGAACAAUCGGUGGCCUCACCGGCAUCCAACUCGUCCACAUCGAAUAAUGCAGCGGGCGUGAGCGGCCAAGCGAUUGUGACAAACAUUGUAGUAGCGCGCGACGGAAAAGAUAAAAAUAUGACUAGUUUAGGCAUGGGCAUGAACGGCGGGCUGUUGGGCGUGCCCAUGGGCUUUCUGGACUUUACACCGGAACCACCAGCACCAUCGGCCACACCAGUCACAGUAACGGAACAUGUCGAUCUAUCGUGCAACCCCAGCACCGAUACACGCGAUCUAUCAAAUCCCACCGAACCGCUCGACAUUGACAAUCAUUUGGCUCAGCAAAUCCAUCGGCUCGAUCAAUCUCCCAUGCAUUCAAUAGCGCAUCAUCACACAACCGGCGACGAAAGCAACUCCAAUCUGGUGCAGCACAUCAAGAGUGAAGUGAUUGAGGCCAAGCAUUUGGCACAUGUGCAGGCGCAACAGCAGCAGCAGCAGCAACAACAACAGCAGCAGCAGCAACAGCAACAACAACAACAGCAGCAGCAACAGCAACAGCAACAUGCGCAUCAUCAUCAGCAACAUUUGCAUGCACAGCAAUUGGCGUUGAGUCAGCAGCAGCAACAGCAACAACAUCAACAGCAGCAGCAGGCGGCCGUGCAUGCACAGCAUGCGGGGCAUGCCACGCAUGCGGAAAUCAGUGGCGCCACUGUCAUGGAGAUUGAUCCGAGCCAAAUAAAACACGAGCCAGGCAUGAUUAUAACGCCAGAGAUUGUCAAUAUGAUGUCCACUGGGCACAUGGACAUGUACAACUCGGACACGAGCGAGGACUCUAUGAUGAUCGCGAACGGUUCGCCGCACGAUCAGAAUGAGCCGCAUUAUACGAAUUUGGAUCAGCAACACGGCGGCCUGGGUGGCAGCGUUUGCGGCCCCGGCGCCGGUGGUGCUGGUGGUGGUAGCGGCGGCGGUGGCGGUAUUGGUAAUGCCAGCGCUGGCGAGGCGAAAGGUCAGUUUAAUGGUCCCAAAGCUUGGACACAAGAUGAUAUGAAUUCAGCUUUAGAUGCAUUAAAGAAUCAAAACAUGAGCCUGACGAAAGCAUCUGCCAUUUAUGGCAUACCAUCAACGACCUUAUGGCAGCGUGCUCAUCGUCUGGGCAUCGAAACGCCAAAGAAGGAGGGCGGCACCAAAUCGUGGAAUGAGGAUGCCUUGCAAAAUGCCUUGGAGGCAUUGCGUUCGGGUCAGAUAUCAGCGAAUAAAGCAUCCAAAGCGUUUGGUAUACCCUCAUCGACGCUCUAUAAGAUUGCGCGUCGUGAGGGUAUACGGCUGGCGGCGCCGUUCAAUGCCGCCCCAACCACGUGGACACCCGAGGAUUUGGAGCGUGCAUUGGAGGCGAUACGAGCCGGCAAUACGUCGGUGCAAAAAGCAAGUGCUGAAUUUGGCAUACCCACAGGAACUCUUUACGGACGCUGCAAGCGAGAGGGCAUCGAGCUAUCACGCUCGAAUCCAACACCUUGGUCCGAAGAUGCCAUGAACGAGGCACUUAACUCAGUGCGCGUGGGUCAAAUGUCGAUUAACCAGGCGGCUAUACAUUACAACCUGCCCUACAGUUCGCUUUAUGGGCGUUUCAAGCGUGGCAAGUACGAUGUGGUGGCCAACACCAGUGGCGUCUCGCUAAUGAACGCAUCGGGCAAUACGACCGGCAGCAUUGAGAUUAUUGAGCAUAGUCAGGAGAAUUCGUUGCAUAUGUUGCAGCAACAGUUCCCGUACAGUCCGUCGCCGCAUCAGGGGCCGCCUACGCCGCAGCAUCAUAGCACGCCGCAGCAUCAGAGCUCGCAUCAGGGGCCACCAACGCCGCAGCAUAUGCAACAGCAUGUGGUGCACAUGCAACAACAGUCGCCACAUCAGGCCCACCAUCAGCAGCACGUGCAACAGCAACAAGAUGUGGUCACAUCGAGCAGUCAAGUGGUGCAUAGCCAACAACAGCAGCAACAGCUUCAGCAGAUCUAUCAGCAUCACGGCACGCCCGAGCGUAGUUGAGAAUCACUGCACGCUGCCUCAAUAAUGGGAGGCGGCGGCGGCGGUGGUGGCAGCAACAGCGGCAGCGGCAACAACAACCACAACAACACAACAACUACAAUAACAGCAACGCCCUUUGCCAGCAUCUCAGGUCUGGGCAGCGGCGCUCCGGUAGCCAACACGUCCACAGGCGGCACCAGCAAGCGCAAGAAAGCCACCAAGCAGAAGCGUUGAGACAUCGAUAGCCAACAACAGCAGCAACAACAGCAGCAGCAGCCGUUUGACGCCGCUGCAACAAUCACAGCAACCACCGCCGCCUCCGUUAGAUUUCGGUUUAACUCCAAACACUGGAAGCGCAAGCUGAAGCAGUUUCAUUUGUUAUUGUCAAAGCCAGCUUCAACUUGAAACAAACAACACAUAUAAGAAGAAAAACAAAUCAAAAUUUAAGAACAAAAGAACAGAAAAUAAUAAUUUUUAAUGGAGCAUUAUAUUACACAAUAUCAAUGUGUAUAAAAUGUAAAUAAUCUAACAUGUAUAUGGAAUAUGCUUUAUCUACACUAUAUAACUGAACAUAGUUUACAUGAAUGUCCAAAAUUGUAGGCUGUUAAAUCCAAGGACUCGAAAUUUCAACAACGGCGUACAGUUUUUAAAAAUGAGAAACAAAAUAUCAGCUUGGAGCCACCAAGACGAAUGUCGAACAG